GUGUGGGUCCUCCCUUUCAUUCCACAGCUUUUUUACUCAUUUCUUCACACCCUUCGCCGGACCACCAUGACUUCCGGCGGCAACACCUCUCGCUACUAUCCAUCCUCCUCCUCCGCCGCCUCAAUCAAAGGCUGCUGCUGCUGUCUCCUCCUCCUCUUCUCCUUCCUCGCCCUCCUCUCCCUCACCAUCAUCCUCGUCAUCGUCCUCGCAAUCAAACCCAAAAAACCCCAAUUCGAUCUCCAACAAGUCACCGUUCAGUACAUUAACCUCGCCGCCACCAAUUCUUUCACCGCCGCCGUCGAUUCCCCCAGCUCCGCCUCCCUAUCCCUCGUCAUCCGCAUGCUUUUCACCGCCAAAAACGACAACAUAGCUGGGAUCAAGUACCGCGACUCCACGUUUAAUAUCAUGUACCGCGGAAUCCCGUUGGGUCGGGGCACCGUACCGGGGUUUUACCAGGCGGCGCACAGUGCGAAGAACGUAGAGACGACGGUGUCGGUGGAUCGGGUGAAUCUGUUGCAGGCGGAUGCUGCUGAUUUGGUGAGAGAUGCUUCGCUUAAUGAUCGGGUCGAGCUUCGGAUCAUGGGUGAUGUGAAUGCUAAGAUCCGGGUCAUUGGGAUAACUUCACCCAGUGUGCAGGUAUCCAUAGAUUGUGCGAUAGUGCUAAGCCCAAGCAAGCAAUCUCUCGUUUCCAAGAAAUGCGGAUUCGAUGGUUUGCAAGUAUGAUAUUAAUUUUGAUCGUCAAGUAAUCUUCUACGAAAUGAAAAAAAAA